AUGGACACAGAUAAAGGCCACUCCUAUGAAGUGGUCAAAAAGUUAACGAAGGACCACAUUGGCAAAGGCCACAUACUUUUUCUUGACAACUUUUACAAUAGCGUCGAGUUAGCGGAGUAUCUCAUGAAUAACAAGACCAACAUGAGUGGUACUUUGAGGUCAACUAGAGCUGGUAAUCCGGAGGUUGUGGUUCAAACAAAGUUGAGAAAAUGGGAGUGUAUCAGUAGCCAGAAGGGAAAUGUUACAGUUAUGAAGUGGCGUGACAAAAGAAAUGUGUUAACUAUUUCAACAUCGAAUGGCUCUGAGAUGGAGUUGGUAACAAACAAAAGAGGGGAACAAACAAUGAAGCCUAGCAUGGUUGUCCGUUACAAUAAAGGCAUGAGUGGGAUCGAUCGCAGUGACCAAAUGGUCUCGUAUUAUUCCACUCACAGAAAGUCUCUGCGAUGA